AUGGAGCCCAUAGUGAUAGGGUCGUCAUCCUCACCGCCAAAACCCAUCGACACACCUUCGAGUCGGUCAUCAAAGGACCCGCCCACCUUCACGCCCGAAGCCAUGGACGGUGAGGAUGAGCCUGAAUACGACGACUACCGCCCAUCCCGGUCCCUGCCUCGGACAUUAAUCAACCAUUGUCGCAUAUAUCUGGAGGAUCAACUGUUUGUGCACGCCAUUGAGCUUGCGAAUAGCCUGCUCACUUCUGGGCCGGCGGUACUCGAUGGCAAGGUCUCGCCAGCUUUCGUCCUGCCCCCAGUUCAGCUGGGAUUCAUCAACAAUCUCAUCAUCCACCCCAAACACACCUCGAGGCCAGAGACCGCCGAGCGCCGAGAGAUCUCCGCCUUGGCGCUCAUCUAUUUGGAAAACCUAAUGAAAAUGGUCGGGCCGGUGAACGCCAACUUUGUGGCUGCCUUCAACUUCAAUCCCAACUACACACCGCGCCCGCGAGCAUCCAGGGGCCUGGGCUCGGACGACGACGACUCCCACCUCCACGAUUUUGGCGAUGUCGGCGAGGACGAGGAAAACGCCAGGAUUGUUUCCAAGCUUGGCAACGAAGAGUCCAUCUGGAACUGUGGCCACGAUUUCUGGUCCGUAGUGGGAUGGGCCUUUAACUGUAGCGUUAUUCAUCCUUCGCGGUGGAAGUAUUGGGGCAUCUGGUUGGACUUCAUGCUCCGUGUGCUCGAAGCCGACUUCCUCGAGCGAGUCAAGGAGGACGAGGCUGCCCAUGAGUUGGCGGGGCGCACUGGUGAUUGUGACUAUCGUAUGACGAAGCAGUCGCUCAUCGUCGGAUAUGCUACGCGGCGAGGGGGCAGGACAAACGGCGUCAAGUGGGUUGUCAAGGCGCUUUUUGCCGAUGGCCACCAGGCGUCUUUAUCCCUAUUUACCGAAGUGUUCCCCUUAGAAACGAAGGAUCUCCCACGAGGGCAGAAUAAACGGAAGCGAGAACCUGUUCUAGAUUUGGAGAAUUUCAAAUACGCUGAUUAUGGCGAUACUGACGACGAGUUGGAAGAGAGCGGGCCGGAAGAUGAUCUGAUGUCGCUGGCCUCAACGCCGAGAAAGCCUGCGCGCCGCAUCCAGAACGAGGAGCCGCUGACCAAAUUUGAGCAUUACGAGGAGAAUGCUGAGGCCCUUCAUGACCUCGUCCCCCUGCGCCUGCGGAUAAUAUCACUACUCGCACAAGUGGCCCACUGUAUGCCGAAGCUAUUCAUCUCCCUUGACGAUCUCCUCGGAGAGUUUGCCAACGCCAUGAAGGAGCUCCCCUUACCCCUGUUCACGGCCAUGAUAACACCUUCGUCCAUCAAUCCUCUGGACAAGGAUUUCAUGACGCUGCUACUCAGCGAACUACUCGACCUCACCCUCCCGGCAAAGUACCUGAACCCCGCCAAGGUCGAUAAGGAAGCCGAUCACGCGGGCCGGAUCACUCAGGCGAUUCUGGAGAGGUGUUUCUUGCCCCACGCUGCUGAGACUUCGUCCGUGGAAGAUAACGCGAAGCUGUCCUGCCUGCUUGAGACGGUCAUGUUGAUCAUGUUCGAUAAUGACGACUUGACGCUGACGGCUUCGCUCCGGGAGGCGGUGCAGACGGGUAUCGCGGCGCGGGAGAAGAGGGCGAAGGUGAGGCGUCUGGGACGUGUGGGGGUUGUGAAUGAAUACGAUGUGCUAGCGAAGAAGGUGUUGGAUGGUUCGAGUGAGAUGAUGAGGAAGAUUCUUGGGGCUCUUUAG